AUGGCUAUGGUAAGGGCUACUGCUUCAGCCUCUGCUGCUAGUAGUGCUGCCACGGAGUGGGCGGAGGGCCUUGGAGGAGGACAAGGAGACGAUCCUGGACGUCCUGGGAGGCAGACGUGCUGGGCUGUCUGGCACGAAGAGCUGGCAGUGUUUGAGGUUCUGCAGCCCCGAGGCGACUCGCUAAGAUCCAUGGGGACGACCUGGCGCAGCAGGCUAAUGUUGCACGCAGAGGAAGGUCUCUGGCUGGUCGAGCGUGGUAUGCUGGCUGUCCACCCUUUUUCUCCCGCUCCGAAGAAAAACCACGAUCCCACCGGCACGGCCUCGCCCGCAGCACCGUCGUCGGGGAUAGGGCGAAAAAACGACGCGAGGGAAAUGCAUGAUGAGACCGGUAUCAGCAGCUCUACGCCGGAGAUUGCGCAAGAGAUGAGAAACAUCGAGCACGAAGAGAAGGAAAACGAGGGAGGCGGGCAGGAAGGGCUUACUGAUGACGUUGAUUCGUCCGCUGGGAAGAACGCCCGUCCAAUUCCACCGAGGGCUGAGCUGUCGCCAAUAGACAGCGGGGUGAUACUCACGGGAGAAUCCCAACACUCGCUAGACCCUGUCGCAUCCGGAGAAACUGCGCGGACGGGACAAGGGGGUGGCUGCCGAAAAGUACCAACCGCCGCCAAAGAGGGGCGGCAAAGGGCGGGCUGUAAACGGAGCCGGCCGGGGCAGGGUAGGGGUGAGCGGGUCGUGCGACCUGCCGCCGCCCUGUCGGUGUCGGUCAGCACGCUCUAUGAAAUGGUAUUGGCGCGGGCUGGUGUGCCGUGGGAAUGUUAUCGCACCUACGCGGAGCUAAAACGAAGGUCGUACGUGGUCAGGCGUCAACCGGAGGACACCGUCGGACACGACGAUACCGCUCCUAGAGCGGCACCUCUGUCUUGGUUUCAAGGCACGGGCGCCACCAAAACGAGCAACAACAAACUUAUCACAGCUGCGAACCACACCUCCUCACCGUCCUCCUCCUUGCCGGUGACGUUCCAUGUCUACAGUAACCCGUCGGGCUGCUCCUCCUCGUUCCGCAAGCGUGACCCUGGCCCCCCUGACGCUCUCGUCGUGGUGUGCCGCUUCGGGGAUCCCAUGCCGGACCACCGCUCGCUCGUGGCCCUCGUCGAACUCCACGCCAACAUGCAGAUGAAAAUGAGCAUGUCCCAACAAUGGCGAAGGCGAGGGCGAGAGGACAGCACAGCUGGAGUUGUGUCGGACCUAGGCCCAGACGAAGCAGCGCCCGAUCGGGGCAGUGGAAGCCCGGAAGUUCCCACCAGUGGCCUUGAAUCAGAGCGCGUGACAUCCGGCGGAGGCCGAGAAUCGGGCCAGAAAGGCAGCUUGUUGGACGAGGACCGGCAAAAACGACAGGCCAGGACGUUGCCGGAUCAAAAAAAGGGGUUAGAUGGGGGAAGGACGCGGGGGAGGCUUACCACCGAAGGCAGUGGAGGCCGCACGUUGGCGUUUUCUAAAGGAGUUGAGAAGUUGUCGACGCCAGGAAUAAAGUUGGCGGUCGUGUCGGGGGAGGCGCAAGUGCAACUGUUUGACGUUGGUCUGCAUGAUGCCCUUGAGGCCGCAGAACUCCCCUCUUAA